AACACGUCACUCUUCUUCCUCCUCGUAACUUGUGCCUGAUAUGUUUUAGAGUGCCUGCCUGCCCCCUGACCUUACCCCAACCUCUGGCCCUGAGACCCGGUUAACCAGGAAACUCAUAGCUGUCGACACCAUCAGGCACAUACGCACACACAUACACAUACACACACGCUACUCUCGCCGCGGAGUCCGAUACCGGCUUGAAGAAGGCGCGCGAGAACUCGCUUUGGGUCAUUCAACCACACGCGGCCCCACCGUGCAGACGCGGCUUCGUCGGCACAGCGAGCGCUCAGACACAGUCCACCUGCUCUCUUCUGCGGGUCCUGCGCCGUGCUCCCCAUAGGAACAUCAGUUCAACGGCCUCCGUCAGGAGAUCGAACGCCGUCUUUAAACCUCUUCGAAGCGCGAAUCAAAAGUGUUCAGACAAUACUCGUGUUUGUUUACUGUCUGGAUGGUAAGGGUCCUUCUUGUUACAUCUCGUUGCAAGCUGCAGUGAUAAGCAUUCCUCAAGGAGCCCAAAGACUGGACGCAUAGCUCGUCCUCUCCGCCUGCGACGCCGGCAGCGCAGCUACGACCCCGAGGCUUCCGAAGGCAAGCAAGCUCUGCACAGGUCCGGCCCAAGUCAUUCUCAGGUUCCAGCGCCCAUCCGCGAAGCAGGACAGCGCCAUGGCCCGAUUAAAGUGGUCCUCCCUGUGGGCGGCCUGUCUCCUGGCAGCCGUCGGCCUCACCGCCGCCCACCCGUUCCUCUACAUGAGAGGUACCAGACACGGUUACGGGCGUAACAUCAGACCUCUGCCAUGUGUUUCCAAGGGUGGGGAAACGGGCGUGUGUAUGUUUGCGUGGGACUGCAUGAAGGCCAACGGUACACAUCUUGGCACGUGCAUCGACAGAUUCUACUUCGGGUCAUGUUGCAAGAUGGAGCAAGCCAGGCCACCCCCGGGCCUUAACGAAAUCCCAUCGGGCAGCGGCAGUGGUGGCACGAAGCCCUUGGGCGUUGAUGCCUCCGGUCCGGGCGUUCCUGAAUUCGACGGGCAGCUAAGCGCGGACGAGAACGAGUCCAGCGAGAGCCUAGAGUCGCCUGGUGAUUCCGACGCUACCAGUGGCUCUGCCUCUAUCACAGGAUCUGGAUCUACUGCCGGAGCAGAAGGCCCUGCAUCUACCACAGGAACUAGUGGCGAAGCAGAAGGCCCUGCACCUGCCACAGGAACGGGAUCUACUGCCGGAGUAGAGGGAGCUGGAGCUACUGCCGGAGCAGAGGGCCCUGCACCUGCCACAGGAACUAGUGGGGAAGCAGAAGGCCCUGCACCUGCCACAGGAACGGGAUCUACUGCCGGAGCAGAGGGAGCUGGAGCUACUGCCGGAGCAGAGGGCCCUGCACCUGCCACAGGAACGGGAUCUACUUCCGGAGCAGAGGGAGCUGGAGCUACUGCCGGAGCAGAAGGCCUUGCACCUGCCACAGGAACUAGUGGCGAAGCAGAAGGCCCUGCACCUGCCACAGGAACUAGUGGCGAAGCAGAAGGCCCUGCACCUGCCACAGGAACUAGUGGCGAAGCAGAAGGCCCUGCACCUGCCACAGGAACGGGAUCUACUGCCGGAGCAGAGGGAGCUGGAGCUACUGCCGGAGCAGAAGGCCUUGCACCUGCCACAGGAACUAGUGGCGAAGCAGAAGGCCCUGCACCUGCCACAGGAACGGGAUCUACUGCCGGAGCAGAGGGAGCUGGAGCUACUGCCGGAGCAGAGGGCCCUGCACCUGCCACAGGAACGGGAUCUACUGCCGGAGCAGAAGGCCCUGCACCUGCCACAGGAACGGGAUCUACUGCCGGAGUGGAAACCCCAACAUCUACCGGUGAAGUAGAUGGCUCUACAUCAACAGGAACGGAAGGAGCUGGGUCUACCGCAGAGACCGAAGAUGCGUCUGCAAGUGGAGCAGAGGGCCCAGCAUCUGCUACAGGAACAGAGGAAGCUGAGAAUGGUGAAUCUGCUAGCGAAGUAGAGAUUCCUGCAUCCACCACGGGAACAGAAGGAGCUGCUAGUGGAUCAGAAGGCUCUUCAUCCAUCGCAGGAGAAGGAGCUGAAUCUACAAGUGGACCAGAAGCUCCUGCACCCACCACAGGAACAGAAGAUUCCGGAUCCACUGGUGGGGUAGAUGGCCCUGCAUCUACAGACGCAGAAGACGCCGGAUCUACUGGCAGCUCAGAAGGCGAGGUAACUACAGAGGGCCCUGCGUCAGGCAGCGGCAUGGAGGAUACAACCGAGGGCUAUGAUGCGCCGCCCACCACGGAGGUGAGCGUCGCAGUGGAUCCCUCGACCUCUCAGCCUGACCUACCCGCCGGCAGCGGAGACUCCGUCGACGAGGACACGACCGUCGCCCCGGGCUCGGGCUCUUCCUCCCCCGGCGUCACUGAGUCGCAGGCGACCAGCCCGAGUAUGGGAACCGCCACCCCCGUCAGCCCCCCCGCCACGGAGUCCCCCACGGCCUCGGAGGCGACGAUCGUUAUAGAGACGGAAGAGCCACAGACAAUGACCACGAUGAUGUUGCAGGCAGGCUCUGAGAUUGAGCGGCCCACAACCACGGAGGACGCCGGCGCCGCCACGAUCUCCAUCACGGUGAGCGGCGACGCGGAGGACGGCAGCGACGGGUCGCAAGCAUCGACGGAAGUCCCGGCCCCCGCGGCGGCGACAUUCCCGCCCGCGACGACCGAGGAGUCGCCAAUCAUCAUUCCAGUCACGACCAUCGCCGAAGCCUCGACAACCAAACCCGAGGAGCCCGUCAGCGAGCCGUUCUUCCCCGUUUUCCCCGCGGCAGCGAGUGAGAAGCCCGAGGCAACGACGCUGGUUCCGCCACCUGAAUCCAGCACGGCGAAGCCCGACGAACCGGUAACUUUAGUGUUCCCGAGUGGUCCUGUAGCCACUGGGAAGCCUUCCACGCUCGCCCCCACAACCGUCACGACCGAAGAGCCUGCCAUGACAACCUCCUCUUCUGAAGAAGAAGAAACGAACGAGCCAACCAUUUCCGAGAAUGAAGAAGAGGGCGAUUCGAGCGAAACGACACUGCCAGAUACUGAUGUUGAAGUAACAAGCGAGGCAACAGUACCUGAGACAACAAGCAAGCCCACCGCGGAAACCACACUGAUGCCCACAACUGCAGAGGCGACGGAGAAGCCCGAAGAACCUGUAGUGCCGACCACCCUGGCUCCGACGGUCACUGCUGAACAAGAAUUGCUAGAGAGGCUAAACAACUCAAAGGCUAAAGACAUUUGUGGCAAGCCAGUGUAUCCAACACGAAGAAUUGUGGGCGGCAGUGAAGCCACCUUCGGCGAAUGGCCAUGGCAGGUGUCCCUCCGGCAAUGGAGACAGGUGACAUUCCUUCACAAAUGCGGCGCCGCUUUAGUCAACGAGAACUGGGCGAUCACGGCUGCCCAUUGCGUCGAGAGCGUGCAGCCCGAGCAGCUCCUCCUGCGGCUCGGCGAGUUCGACCUAGAGCGAUCUGAUGAGCCCUACGCCUUCGCCGAGAGGAAGGUGCAGAUUAUCGCCACCCACCCUCAGUUCGACUCUCGAACCUUCGAGUACGACUUGGCGCUCCUCAGGUUUUACGAGCCGGUCAACUUCCAGCCCAACAUCAUUCCCAUCUGCGUCCCGGAGGACGACUACGACUUCAUCGGCGACACCGGCUUCGUCACGGGCUGGGGUCGUCUUUACGAAGGCGGCCCCCUCCAUGCAAGGAUGCAAGAGGUAGAGGUGCCAGUCAUUAGCAAUGACGAGUGUGCUUGGAUGUUCCUGAGGAGCGGAGGCAUUGUGGGCCUGCCCCACAUUAUGAUGUGCGCGGGGUACGCGGAGGGCAAGAAAGAUGCGUGCGAGGGCGACUCUGGCGGCCCUCUGGUGAUCCAGCGCGACGGCGUGUGGAACCUUGCGGGCGUGAUCUCGUGGGGCAUCGGCUGUGCGCUGCCCAACCAGCCGGGCGUCUACACGAGAAUAUCCGAGUUCAGGGAAUGGAUCCAGAAGAUCGUCGUGUUCUGAGGCGGAGGCGACGCCGACGGGGCCCUCCCUCGGGAGCGUCUCUCUCUCUCUCUCUGGGGAUUAGGAUAUCGUUGUUGCAUUGUUGAUAAUUUAUUUGAGUGUGCGUCGUGCAAGGCUGUCUGUUUGUAAAGUGUGCUUGCUUUCGGAGAUAAGUGAACCUGUGGCGUGGUUUGAGUCUAUGUUUAUGGAGAAUGUCCCGCCACUGCCACGAGGGACGCAGAGACAGUGAUUUGCGAGCUGGUUUUUCUUACUCUACGAUAGGCAUUAUAUUUUCUUCCUACUUCAUUUUGUUACAUUGUUAUUUGAGAGCGAAUGUUGUUAGAAUGUAGCUGAUGAAUUCAUUGUUAUCAUUAAUAUUAUUAUUAUCAUCAUCACCAUCAUCCCUAGUUCCUCAUAUACAGCACCGCCAUCCAAGUCUCGUUCCCGAUUUGGUGCCGAUGUUAUGUACGUAUAUGUGUAUAUACGAGUGUGUACACUGACGGUAAUGACGUACGUUUCGCUGACCCCAUCUUGUGCUCACCUGUCCAUCGCCGCUUCACGUCUCCUGUCGGCCUGUGAUAUGUCCUGCUCUGCCGAGCGCCUCCGCCUCCCGCCGUGGCCUCUGCUAAGGUACUUUUAAACAGGUAGCCCCACUCCAUGUUGGUGAAAAUCCUAGUUGGCAACUUCCAAGCUAAGCCCCACUACUUCAUCUUUAAUUGAAGAUAUUUUUUUCUUGGCUUCUUUUCGAUUAUUCUUUAAACGUUGUUAUUACUGAACCAUUUUCAAAGAAAAUGCACAGAAAUAAUCUUAAACUAUUACACAGACUGAUCGGGUCCAAAAGCGUUAUCACGUUUAGCCAAUAAGUAUGCGCUGUGAGAUAUCAGAUACAGCUAGAUACAUAAUAUUUGUAUAAUUUACUCGAUAUUAUAAUGAUUAACGGAAGUAAAAACAAACAUUUCCUUUUUUUAUUUAUGAUACCUUACCAAGAACAGCCGUCAGAAUAAUUUAGGGAAAAAGUCAAUUUCAUAUAUGGGUUUAACAGGCUGAAUGGAAGUGGAGCUACCUGGUUAUAUGUUCCUUGGCCUGUGCAUCCGGGACUCGCCUAAACGCCUGGUGCCUGGCACGCCGGAGGCGAGAGGCCCUUGGGUCCUCCCUUCGACCAGCCCACGCUCGGCCUUCCCCCGGGAAGGGACGAGGGAGGCCGGUUAUUUAUUUAUUUAUUAUUUAUUUUCUGUAAGGUGCAUUCGACUUCCCUCCGUCAAUUUCUCUUUUCUGGCUGUGUUAUAUUCAUCGAUAUUGAUGCAUGUGUGUGUAUAUAUAUAUAUAUAUAUAUAUAUAUAUAUAUAUAUAUGUGUGUAUGUAUAUGCAUACUUGUGUAUAUAUGUGUGUGUAUAUACAUUUAAAUAUAUACAUAUCUCUCCCUGUCCCUCUCCUCCUCCCCCCUCCGCCACCCGGCUUCACGCCAAGGCUGGCGAAAACCUCAAGUUGUUGACCGCGCACGAUUGCUGCUCUUGUUCGAGGGCAGUUGUAGAUGAAUCAGGUAUAGCACUUUUAUAUAUUCUAAUUUGUAUUUAUAUUUGAUAUAUUACGAUGUAUUUUAUUUAUUCUAGAUGUUUUAUAGUUUGUGUGAGUUAUAUUCAGUUUUCCAAUGCCCUAUUUUAUACAUGUGGUGCCAGAGGCUUGGCCCCCUUCCGAAAUGUGUACAGAUUAUAAUAAAGAGAAAGGAUUA